UUUAUAUUCCACGCACACUCUCUCUCUCUCUCUCUCUCUCCCUCUCACUCUCUAGCAUGGACCUGAACCUAGACCUGGGUCUCGAACCGGAACCGGCGGUUCGAGCCGAACCGGCCCGGCUUUUUUCAUGCAACUACUGCCAACGCAAGUUCCACAGCUCGCAGGCGCUGGGCGGGCACCAGAACGCGCACAAGCUCGAGCGGAGCCUCGCGAAGCGGAGCCAAGCGCUGGCCGUGUCCGGGUCGAGCCGGCCGGGGACCGGGGCCGGCCGGUUCGGUUCGGCCGGGUUCGACAGCGACCGCAGGGGUUGGGCGUGGGUCGGGAGGAUGCAUGGUUUUGUUGGUCACGUUGACGUCGCGGUUGACAAGGUCACAAGUUGGGCAUUUGAAUUAAUUUGGCAAGGUCCAAAAGUUUGGAGUUGUGCAAAAAAUUUGGAGAAUUUGUAAGAAAUUCGGCUGUAAAAUCAGUUAAAGGAAUAGAGAUAUUUGACACUGAUUAAUAGAUUAUUCUUACGUAAUUAUUCCAUCUUUUAUCUGUUUUGUGACAAGCAAAGUUAAAAACAUGAUGGAAACUUCAUUUGGCUACAACAAUGUUGCAUAAAAGACGAAUUGAUUGAUUAAUUGAAACGUUAUCCACAUUUUUCUACAAUU